CCCAAUCUGGACCCGCGACAUCGGCCGAUUCUUGUUGUUCGACCUCUGAAUAGUAGAGACGCGUCACCAUUGCAAAAUACAAUGGCUCAGCCUGCAGCGUUCAGCGUAAAUCAGGUCAGCGUCGAGAUGGAAAUGCGAAAGCAACGUGUUCGCACGACUCUGCAUCAGGCUUGUCGGGAUGGGAACGUUGACGUCGUGGGGUCGUAUCUCGACAAAGUAACGCGUAACAACCGACGGCAGAUAUUGGAGGCGCGAGACGAAGAUAACCAGACGCCUUUACACGUAGCUGCACGUUUCAAUCGUAUACGGGUCAUCAGGAAGCUGCUGGUCAAGCAAGCCAAUUGCAAGUCCAGAACAAAGACUGAAGGACUAACCCCCUUGCACAUGGCAGCUCGUUUUGUAUCUCGAGAAUCUGACCGAAGGCUACAAACAGACAGUGGAGGAGAGAGUGAAGAAAUUAAUAGCAUUGCAGCCAUGCAAGUACUUCUGCAGAAGGGAGCAAACUUGAACUCUCAAGAUCACUAUGGGAUGACUCCUCUUCAUCAUGCUGUGCAGAGGAAGAAUAUUGAGGGUGCUAUGUUUUUGUUGUCUGAUGAGAUGAUAGGCAAGGGAAUCAACAUCAAUAUUUUGGACAAGACAAAAGUGUCUCCUCUGCAUGAGGCUAUCCAGCAGCACUGCUUUGAAAUUGCAGAACGACUAGUUACAUUGGGCGCUGACAUCAUGGCAGAAGAUGCCGAAGGUGCCACUCCACUGCAUUAUGCUUCUCAAGAAGGUGCUAUUGAUAUAGGGAAGUUGCUGUAUCAGGCAGCAUCUACACAAGGUGUACAGCGACAGUUGGUUGAAAAGAGGACAAAUGAGAAUGGGACGUGUCUUCAUUUGGCUGUUGAAAGUGGAUAUGAUGAAAUGGCAGAGUUGUGUAUCCGAAUGGGAGCUGAUGUGAAUGCAGAGAUGAACAAUGGGUAUACACCACUUCACAUGGCAGCUAAACAGGGUCACAAACCAUCUGCCAAGCUGUUGAUUGAGGGAAGGGCAGAUCUUGAAGCUGGGGACGUGUCAAAUGCUACGCCUCUGCAUACUGCUGCAAGAUACAAACAAGUGGCAAUGGUGGAGUUUCUUCUUGACUGUGGUGCUAAUAUUGAAUGUAAGGAUCAUGACAGCUUUACACCACUAUUGACAGCAGCAUCUUAUGGACGGACAAAGAUUGUUGGUAUCUUGUUAGCAAGACAAGCUGAUGUUGAGCAGACUGAUCUUAAUGGAAGGACUGCACUACACUGGGCAGUGAAAGCAAACAACAAGAAUACUAUGCAGGUUUUGUUAGCAGAUGAUACUGGUUCUGGUCUAGUCCACAUGUCUGAUUCAAGAAGCAAGUAUCCACUGCAUAUUGCUGCAAAGAAGGGUUAUGUGGAUCUUGCUAAGACUCUAUUGUCAGUCGGUGCAGCAAUCGAUGCCAAAAACGAUGAAGAGAAGACACCUCUUCAUCUUGCUUCAGCCUAUGGAAGAGUAAAAGUUGUGCGUCUGUUGGCUUCCCAUGAUCGAUCAACCAUCAAUGAUGAAGAUGAGGGGUCUAACAUGCCAAUUCACUUGGCUGCACUAAAUGGACAUGCCAAUGUUAUAGAAACUCUUUUGGAGUUUGGUGCACAAAUUGAUGCAAGGAAUGCUUCAUUCUGGACACCAUUGGAUUGUGCUUCAUAUAGAGGUCAACUUGAUGUGGUGACAACUCUUCUGGAAGGCGACAGUCCUAUUGAUCCUCAAGACAAAGCUGGAGUCACGCCACUUCAUCUAGCGUCACGAGAGGGUCAUAUUUCUGUUGUUAAAGUUCUCCUUCUGUGGGAAGCUGAUGUCUCUAUGAAAGACCUCAAUGGAUUUAAUUGCCUUGAUUAUGCCAUUGAGCAUAACAGGAUAGAAGUUGCUGAAGAAAUUAUCAAGAGUGAGAAAUGGAUGAACGCUCUUGCUAGUGCAACUGUUGCUGAGCAGGCAGAUGGUACUAAAAUAGCAGACACACCGUUGCGGAAGCUGAUAAGGAAAAUGCCAGAUGUGGCAGAGGUUGUAUUUAAUCAGUGCACUACCAGUAAUGCCAACUCGCAGACUGGCAUUACACAGCAGCACCCCAACUUUGAAGUUCAAUUUGACUAUCGUCUUCUUGAUGAUAUAGAAUUAGCAAAGAAGCUCUAUCAUGAGAAGGAGAAGGGAGAUUCAGAUGCGAGUGACGAAGAGUCAGAUAGGAAGAGCAUUGAUACGUUAGACAGUGAAAUGUCUGUUGCACAGGAGAAUCACUUGUCCACACUGCUAGCUACUCAUUCUCAUGUGUCAAAACAUCACCCUUUGAUAAUUAUGGUCAAGUCAAAGAGAGAACGACUUCUAAGUCAUCCACUAGUGUUGAGUUUGCUUCGGCACAAGUGGGAGUCAUUUGGUCGCUACGUCUACUACUUGAAUCUUUCGAUUUUUCUUAUUUAUCUCUCAGUUCUUACAGCCUAUGCAACAACACUUGUUCCACCCAACACCACAAGUGAUUGUUCAGGUACAAAGGAGGGGUUUAUUAUGUUUGGACAUUAUUUUGUCAUGAUCUUUGCUUUUAUUCGACUUGGCAUAAUUGAAGUCUUUCAAGUGAUUCAUCUUAGGUCAGAGUACUUUGCAUUCGGCAAUGCAGUAGCAAACGUUAUUGAAUGGCUCAGUUUUUCAACAGCCGCCCUGUUUGGUUUGCCUCUAAGCACAUCAUCUGACUGUAUGGUGAGGGAAUGGCAGUGGCAGUGUGGAAUUGUUGCUGUGUUUUUGGCUUGGUUUAAUCUUCUUGUGUUCAUUCGGAAGCUCCCCAAAAUAGGCAUCUACAUUGUCAUGUUCCUUGACAUUUUCAAGACUUUCUUACAGUUUAUGAUUGUUGGGAUAUUGUUUGUGAUUGCCUUUGGGCUUGCCUUCUACAUGCUCUUUACCACUGAUAUAGCAUUUCCAAGCCCAGGAAAGGCCCUUGUGAAGACGGCUGUGAUGACGAUAGGUGAAUUUGACUAUGAUCGAAUUUUCAAUGAGGCACCUUUUUUCAGCUAUAAACAGUUGUCAUACAUUAUGUGGAUCAUAUUUCUAAUUGUUAUGCCAAUCUUGUUGAUGAACCUCUUGAUUGGUUUAGCUGUUGAUGACAUCAAAGAUGUACAAGAACAUGCCAAGCUUCAACGUCUUGCAAUGCAGGUGGAACUUGUUCUUGGUGUAGAGGCUCUCUUGCCAAGUUUCAUUAACCGUCGAUUUACAAAGGAAAAGGGCAUUGUCAGGCCAAAUGACAGGCAAAGUAUCAUUGGCCAGAUUAGAACCAGCGUCUUUGGCCGCACACUUUCAACAGAUAUUAUUACUAGUGUUUUAGAAGAUGAAUCUACUCCUCUUGAGAGGUUGGAGAAUAGUACUGAGAAGCUCCAAGAAGAGGUUGGGCAACUAAAGUGUGACAUGAGCAAACUUAUGAAGCAAAAUAAUCGUCUUACCAACAUUCUAAAAGCAAUAGCUCGUAAACAAGAAGUUAGAGUAGCAAUGGCAGAUGACGAUGAUGAUGACGGUGAAGAUGAGGAUAGAGAUGAUGAUGUUGAUGGUGGAGAACCACAACAUGAAACCGCAGCCACCUGAAAUGACUUUGGCUCACAAACAUUAUGAACUAAAACAUUUACUACAUAGUAAGUGAAUAAUCUGAGUUGCUUUCGCUCUUACAUUUUGCUGAACUCGAUGGUAUCAGUUAUCAAAAUGCUGUGGCUGUCACACUUCUAUGGACUCAAUGGUCAAUUAUCAAUUUUUAAAUUUACUGUGGCAUUGCUUUUGUUAUUGGACGUAAAUGCAGAGAACUUUGUUUGCCUUCAA